AUGUCGCUAGUGCUAGCAGUCAACGCUCUAAAGCGAAAGUUGGCGGGUACGGACUACACGGUGGGCUGGAUCUGCGCCAUAGGUACAGAGCACGUCGCUGCACGGGCGUUUCUCGACGAAGAGCAUGAAAGGCCAGAAGACGUGCCCGACAACGACGAUAACGAUUAUACCUUAGGAAGGAUUGGGAAACAUAACAUUGUCAUUGUUGUCUUACCCAUCGGGGAGUACGGUAUCGUCGCUGCAGCAUGUGCGGCCAAAGAUAUGUCACGCAGCUUUCCAAACAUCCGAAUCGGUAUGAUGGUCGGCAUCGGCGGUGGAGCACCAAGUCGAAAGCAUGACAUACGUCUCGGCGACAUUGUGGUCAGCGCUCCUGGUGAUGGAAAUGGUGGUGUGUUCCAGUAUGACUUUGGUAAGGCGAUGCAAGGAGGAACCUUUCACACAACAGGUUUUCUCAACCAGCCACCAACCUUUCUUCGGACUGCGGUGAAUGGUCUUAGGAGCCAGUAUAAGAGCAAGGGCCAUCAGCUUGAGGAGGCCAUCUGCAGCAUUCUUGAGCGACACCCAAGACUGCAGGACUAUGCUCGACCGAAGCCUAGCACUGACAGGCUGUACAAACCUGAAGUCGCCCAUCUUCCAGAGGUUGAAGCCAGUUGCGCGGCAUGCUGCGGUAAUGAUCCAUUGCACUUAGUAUCGCGGCGUGAACGAACCAAACAUGAGGACAACCCGGCAAUUCACUAUGGCUUGAUUGCCUCCUCAAACCAGGUGAUGAAAGACGCUUUGAUCCGGGAUAGACUCAUAGCGCAGAAGGAUGUUCUGUGUUUCGAAAUGGAAGCAGCUGGACUGAUGAACCAAUUUCCAUGCUUGGUUAUUCGCGGUAUCUGUGAUUACUCGGACUCCCACAAGAACAAGAACUGGCAGGGCUAUGCGGCAAUGGCGGCGGCCGCAUACGCGAAAGAUCUUCUAUGCAGAGUCCAUCCGAGUAUUGUUGAGGCAGAGAGGAAAAUUGGUGAUAUUAUGAGAGACAUCCAAGAACUUGCGGAAGCGCAACUUGGUGUCUCGAAGAAACAGCUUGAGAUGCAAGAAGAUGCAGUCAAAAGUGAACACGCUGCUGAGAAAAGACAGUGCCUUCAACUGUUUCGUCUUACCGGAAGCAAUGAGGAGACCACCUAUGAGUGGUACAAGGACCGCGUGGAAGAUCGAGUGGAAGGCACCUGCCAAUGGUUUCUCCAACAUCCCAAUUUCCAAGAGUGGCUCAAACAGGACUCAGGCCCACUGCUAGUCUCGGCGGAUCCUGGCUGUGGGAAGUCGGUAUUGGCCAAGUACCUGGUCGACCACGGUCUGCCACGAUCGUCAGCCAUCUGCUAUUUCUUCUUCAAGGAGCAAGACCAGAACAAGGUCCGCCAGGCACUCUGCGCCCUGCUUCAUCAACUCUUCUCUCAAAAGCCUUCCCUAAUUAACCAUGCCAUGGCCCAAUUUCGCAAGGAUGGUCAAGGGUUGAUUAACUCUACACAAUCACUCUGGACUGUCCUUGGAAAUGCGGUGCAAGAUCCCGAGGCCGGCCCCGUAAUCUUAGUUCUCGACGCCCUGGACGAAUGUGCCGAGCUAGAAUUUGAGAACCUAGUGCGCAAUGUGAAGAGUCAACUUAGCAGCGACUCGAUAAGCCUAGGCAAGUUGAAGUAUCUUCUAACAAGUCGGCCGUAUGAGCAAAUUGUGUCCCAGUUCCGCGACCGCGACCUGUUGACGGCAUUUCCAAACAUCCAUAUACCAGGAGAGGAUGAGUCAGAAGCUAUUAGCCAGGAGGUAAAUCACGUCAUUACACACCGGGUCAAUCAGCUAUCGGAGAGCAAGCGCCUCUCAUGCGAUCUCAAGAUAUAUCUGGAGAAAAGACUUCGGGAUGCUACCCAUCGCACCUAUCUCUGGGUAUACCUUGUGUUUGACUAUUUAGAGAAAGAAAACUUUAAGAAGACCAAAAAAGGUGUCGAGGCCACCAUUUCCACACUUCCGCGGAGUAUUAACGAAGCAUAUGAGAAAAUUCUGAACAAGUCUAAGGAUGAGGAGCGUCCAAUGGUCCAAAAAGCCUUAAGUAUUAUCUUAGCCGCGAGUCGGCCGCUAACACUCUUGGAAAUGAAUAUUGCCGUGAAUAUAGAUUACGCAUCGCAUUCUAUUGACGAUGUUGACUUGGAAAACGAAGAGGAUUUCAAGAUACGUCUUAGAUCAUGGUGUGGAUUGUUCAUCUCAGUCCAUCACGGUAGGAUUUAUUUCCUUCACCAAACCGCUCGCGAGUUCCUCCUCGCAGAGGCGACGACUUCGCCUACGACAGUUCCGUCGGAGCUAGAAUGGCACCACGCCAUCACUAUGCGCUACGCACACGCUGCUCUUGCCAAAAUCUGUGUGUUGUACCUAAAUCUCUUUAACUCCGACGUUAGCCUCCCGACAUAUGCGACUGGCUCUGUCGAUAGACGCGCCUUAUUGGCUUACUCAGCCGAAACAUGGAGUGCCCACUUCCGCGAGGCCGAUAUUAUUGAUGACGAUGCCAUUGUAUCUUUAGCUCUAAGGAUUUGUGACCCGAAUUCGAAGAGCUACUGGGCAUGGUUCCGAGCACAUGACAACACUACUUAUAUGAAGACCACCAAGCACUUUACGGCUCUUGGGGUAGCGUCGUACUAUGGCCAUCGUGCAAUUGUUAAGCUCCUUCUCAAGGAAGGCGCCAACACCGAAGCGAAAAACAGUAACGGUCAGACGCCGCUAUGGGAGGCCGUGGAAGAUGGGCGUGAAGCUAUUGUCAAACUGCUGCUGGAUAAUAACGCCGACACCGAGGCAAAAGAUAGCAGGUAUUGUGAGACGCCGCUCUGGAGAGCCGUCUGGGGGGGGUGCGUUGCCAUCAUCCAGCUCCUUCUCGAGAACGGUGCCAGCACCGAAGCGAAAGACAGUAAUGGUCGGACGCCGCUUUCGUAUGCCGCCUUGACCGGGCAUGAAGCAAUCGUCAAGCUGCUGCUGGAGCAUGGCGCCGAUGUUGAGGCGAAAGACAGCAGGUACAGCCGGACGCCGCUUUCAUAUGCCGCCCGGCGAGGGCACGAGCCCAUCGUUAAGCUGCUGCUGGAGAACGGCGCCGACACCGAGGCAAAAAGCAGCAGCGGUCGGACCCACUUUCGCAUGCCGCCUUUGCGGGACAUGAAGCUAUCGUCAAGCUGCUGGUGGAGAACGGCGCCAAUGUCGAGGCGACAGACAGUAACGGUCGGACGCCGAUCUCGUAUGCCGUCUGGCGAAGACACGAGGACAUCAUCACUCUACUCCAACGGGAAUAUCCCUAAGUAUGUGAACACACUCUUAUGCCCUCGGAAAGUCGUCCCUGCAUAG